CGCAUUUCCACUGCACGUCACUUAUAUUUUCAUCUCAAAUCUGCACCGUCUUUCCGAUUUGUGGACCGCACGAGAGCAAUGUCGACCUUGACACCGUUCGGCGGACCGUAUGGCCAUUGGCCGGCUGACAAAGUCCGACAGACUUUCAUAGACUACUUCAAGGCACGAGGGCAUACUUUCUGGCCGUCAUCCUCUACUAUUCCGUACGAAGAUCCCACUCUUCUGUUCGCCAAUGCCGGAAUGAAUCAGUACAAGGCUAUUUUCCUUGGCACAGUUGAUCCGCAGUCCGAACUCGCAAAACUGAAGAGGGCGGUCAACAGCCAGAAGUGUAUUCGGGCCGGAGGAAAACACAACGAUCUGGAGGACGUUGGUAAGGACACAUAUCAUCACACCUUCUUUGAGAUGCUGGGCAACUGGUCUUUUGGAGAUUAUUUCAAGAAAGAGGCCAUUCAAUGGUCUUGGGAGCUGUUAACUGAGGUCUACAAACUGCCCAAAGACCGUCUGUACGUGACGUACUUCGAGGGCGAUUCAAAGCAGGGCCUAGACGCCGAUUUGGAGGCCAGACAGUACUGGCUGGAUGUUGGCGUUCCAGAGGACCAUAUCCUAACCGGAGACGCGAAGGACAACUUCUGGGAGAUGGGUGCCACAGGUCCAUGUGGUCCUUGCAGUGAAAUUCAUUUUGACCGCCUCGGUGGUCGAAAUGCAGCCCAUCUCGUAAAUCAAGACGACCCAAACGUAAUCGAAAUCUGGAACAAUGUAUUCAUCCAAUUCAACAGAGAAGAGGAUGGCUCUCUGAGAGAACUUCCCGCUAAACACGUGGAUACUGGGAUGGGUUUCGAGCGUUUGGUAUCUUGCCUGCAGGACCUCCCAUCCAACUACGAUACUGAUGUGUUUGUGCCCAUAUUCGCCAAAAUCCAGGAGUUGACCGGAGCACGGCGUUAUGCGGGCAAGCUUGGGGCAGAGGAUGUCGAUGGUAUCGACACCGCUUACCGGGUGGUUGCAGAUCAUGUGAGGACACUCACGUUCGCGUUGUCUGACGGUGGGGUUCCCAACAACGUCGGACGUGGAUAUGUGCUUCGUCGUAUUCUGCGCCGAGGUGCGCGAUAUGUCCGCAAGAAGUUCGGUGUACCCAUCGGUAGCUUUUUCUCUUCGCUUGCUCCUACGGUCAUUCAACAGAUGGGCCACUUCUUCCCUGAGAUCACCAGGAAGUUGUCUGAUAUCAAGGAAAUCCUAGAUGAAGAAGAAGAAUCUUUUUCACGCACGCUUGAUCGCGGUGAGAAACUUUUUGAGGAAUAUGUGACUGCUACAAAGAAGAAGGGAUCUUCUUCGCUUCAUGGGCACGAUGUAUGGAGACUAUAUGAUACCUACGGAUUCCCCGUGGAUUUGACCCGAUUGAUGGCGGAGGAGUUGCAUCUCACGAUUAACGAGCACGAGUUUGAGGAAGCACGACUACGCUCGCUCGAAGCUAGCAAGGCCUCUCAAAAGAAGGGAAAUGAAGAUGCGGUGAAGCUGGACGUUCACGAUCUAGCUGCUCUCGAGAGCAAUCCAAAAGUCCCAAAGACGGAUGACCGUCCCAAAUUCGGGUUGGGGAACAUCUCUGCCACCAUUCAGGCAAUAUAUUUUAAUAAGUCCUUCCUCGAGUCUACCACCGCAAUCCCAGAGGAUGCAGCAUUUGGUAUUCUUCUUGACCGCACAAGCUUUUAUGCGGAGUCCGGUGGACAAGAAAACGACACUGGAAGCAUCAUUAUUGAUGGCAAAACAGAAUUCAUGGUUCAGAAUGUGCAAGUUUAUAAUGGCUAUGUACUGCACAGCGGAGCGUUGAAGUACGGCCAAUUUUCCGUUGGAGAUGAAGUCAUCAGCUCAUAUGAUGAGCUUCGAAGGUGGCCUUUGCGUAAUAACCACACCGGUACCCAUAUCUUAAACUUUGCCCUGCGUGAGAUUUUGGGCGACCACAUUGACCAGAAGGGAUCCCUAGUCGCUCCAACAAAGCUCCGCUUUGAUUUCAGUCACAAAGCCCAAGUGACUCUUGAAGAGAUGGAGAAGAUUGAGGAGAUUUGUAACGGCUGGAUCAAGAGGGAUGUCAAGGUCUUUAGCCAAGAAGUCGAUCUACAUACAGCCCAAGAGUUUGCGGGUGUCCGUGCUGUCUUUGGCGAAGCCUACCCUGAUCCAGUCCGCGUGGUCUCCUUGGGUUACGAAGUGCAGGACAUAAUCCAGGAUCCACAGAAUCCGAAGUGGCGAGGCACCAGCAUCGAGUUCUGCGGCGGGACCCAUGUCGCCAAAACUGGCGACAUCAAGGCCCUUGUCCUCACCGAGGAGUCAGGCAUUGCGAAAGGCAUUCGCCGUAUCAUUGCUGUGACGGGGGAGGAGGCCAACGAGGUUAAUCGACUCGCAGACUCAUUUGAGACACGCUUGAUCCAGAUCGAACGGUCUGCCGGCAAGGAGAAGGAUGCUGCAUUAAAGGCUUACACCUUUGAGCUUGGCCAGGCAGACAUUUCUGCGCUUCGUAAGGCAGCCCUCAGGGAAAAGUUCGCCGGGAUACGCAAAACAUUUGAUGAUGCAAAUAAAGCUCACCUAGCCUCCCUCACAAAAGAGCUUACCAAAACCAUUGACAAGCAUUUCCAGGAGAAACCCAAUGAGUCCGUCUAUCUGGCAAAUAUCGACUCUUUGGAGGGUAACACGAAGAUUAUGCAGAGCAUUGUCCAGCACGCCCGUACUCUGAACAAAGCUGUAUAUAUUUUCAGCGUAGAUGUUUCGGCUGGCAAGGUUGCACAUGUCAAUUUUCUCCCCAAGCAUGCCAUCACACAGUCAUUCUCAGCGAAGACGUGGGCGAACGCCGUAUCUGUUAUCCUUGGCGGCAAGGCUGGUGGGAAGGAUGACGUUGCGCAAGGUGUUGGUGUUAACGUCGAAAAGGUUGACGAAGCACUUCAGUUGGCUCGGAACUUGUACCACAGAACGUCUUAGACAGGCACCAUCUUGAUGCACACAUGUCCAUAGGAGACUUGUUACUUAAUGAUGUGA